UUUUUUUUUUGCCUGGCUAAUUGAAUUAUAUAAAUCCCCUUACUUUGCAGUGAUGUUGGUUUUAAAAUGACCAAUUUUGAUAGGAAAUCUCUUUUCAGUUUAUCUUAAUAAAAUGGUAAAUUAAAAAUUACUCCAAAUAACAAUGUAAGUCGUCCCUUCCAUCCAUGUGAAAAGAAAGUAGAAAUAAAAUCACACUAGUAGAACACUACUACUGUAAUGUUUAUAAGGUUUGGGUCAGUAUAUAUUUCCUCUCUCUACUUCCUUUCUCUCCCUCUCGGAACCUCCUUUCUCGUUAGCAAACAAUUAUAUUUAUUGUUAGACUUGGAGGUAUUCAAAAGAUUAACCUUAUAUAAGUUCUAAGUUUUUUUAUUUUUUAACUGAUGUGAGAACCUUGUUAAACUAUCCAACAAUUAUAACCAAAAAAUUGCUAGAAAUCCAUUUUUGAAUAAGCAACACAGAAAUAUAAAGCUGCAAUAUGCAUUGUUAUCAAGUGUAAAACAUUUUUGUAAUUUCAAAAUAUUUUUUUAUUUUUAUUUUUAUUAAGAAAACAAAAACAAAAAUGUUUUUAUUUGAUUGUCGUUCUAAUUUUAUAUAGUGCUAUUAUGAAGUAGCUUUCAGAGUAGGACUAAUAUAUAUAUAUACACCUUUUUAUAAAGUGAUCAUAGUCACAUUUUGUGAGUCCACUGAGGGAGCAAUUCUGCAACAUGCUGCCUCACCUAGUCUCGUGGAGCUCACAUGGAGCAAAUUUUAUCCUCUCUCUCUCACACACACACACAUAUAUAAUAUUCAAUAGUUUGAUAGCGGUGUGUGGUGGGGUAGAAAUCUCUGAUACUUGAUUACUUUCUGUGGAUGAAUAAUCUCUGAUACUUGGUUAGUUUCUAUGGAUGAAUAAGAAAUAUCUCAGAGGGACUCCUCUCCUCUCUCUGUCUCUCCCGAAAAAAAAAAAAAAAAUCCCUAAACCCAGAGUCCCAAAAAAGCGAGAGAUCAUCUAGGGUAGAGGUUCCUCUUCGUUAAGGUUCUCUGUUUUCAGAGUUUGUGUUUUCUCCACUGGGUAUUUCUAUAGGAUGGCUUUCAUCCUCCAUCCCGGCAUCAGUUUGUGUGGGUGUUCGAACCCGUUGGCCCUUCGGCCCUUUUGGGUUGUUAUCUAGAGGGUUUUGAACGGUGGGUGGGUUUUUGGCCAAUUUCCAUUGGGUUUCCCUUUUGAUCCCGGUAUUUGGUUGGUUUGUUUGGAUUUUAUGGUUGUCCUCCUGUUUCCUGGCCUUUUGCUUGUCUGCAUCGGGUGGUUGUCUGUGAUCAUGCUUUUUGUGGCCAUGUGUUUUGGCUUUUGGUUGGUUGCUGCACGGGAUUUCCUGUCGCCGAUUUCGCUAGUUGGGAAAGGUGCGUUGUUUUCUUGGUCCUGCGUGCCGGAUGUUUUCUCCUGUUUCGGGUUGUUGCGCAUUGGACAUGUUAUUGAAGCAGGUUCGCUGCCUCUUUUUCUUGCUCUGUUCAGAGCUGCCUCUCCUCCGGCCGCCGUUGACUAUGGGUCGUGGCAUGUUUUUGUCGGUCAUCUUAGUGAGGAUGGUUCUCCUCUGGUGCUUCGGUUUUAUUGUGGUUUUAGUUCUUGGUGUUGUUUUGUUUCCGAUGCUGCUUUCCCUGCUUGUGGUUCGCCCGCGAUUGGUCAAAUCCCUUGGUCUUCCUCGGUUUUCUUGGCGUCUCAUGUGGUGUCUGUUGUAGGCUUCCGGGUCACACAUGGUCUGUGUUUUGUGCUGUACAGGGUCUAUGCCGUAGGGCUCUGUGGAUGAAUAAGACAAAUAGUGCAUGUUAUGACGACGACAACGCCAAGCUCCUCCCGUGGUGAAUGACGACGACGAGAAGGAUGAAGGUCUCGAGGAUGAAGCUCCUGCUGGUACAGAUCCGGUGGUCUGGCGGGUGAUUGAAAGGGUUUCGCCGGGCCAAUGUUUACGAUCCAACAUGCGCCAAGUAGAGCUCAAGAUCGACUAGACAUGGUUAUAUCUUUAGAGCUCAAGAUCGACUAGACAUGGUUAUAUCUUUAUGUUAUGUCUUUAUGUUUAUUUUAUUUUAUGUCUCGCUGUAACUAAAAAUGAAAUUGCAGUGAAUGACAUUUAAAUUAAUAAUGUAUGAUUUUUUUUUUAUCUUUU